UUGAAUAUAGAAUCACUCAAAGAAUUAUUUGAAAUGAAAGAAGAUUCACUAGGAAUUUAUAUUUCUGAAGAAGAUAUAAAAACAAUUGAGAGUCUCAAAAAUUAUGUUAAAAAUGUUAAAGAAAGUUUGGGGUAUAAGGAUGAGGAUUGGAAAAAGUUAACCGAUGAGAAAGAGAAAUGGCCAUUGAAUCUGGAUAAUAAUGAAAUAAAUGUAUCGAAUGAUGAUAACAGUAAAUAUAAUGGUAAAAAAUAUUCCUAA